UCCUCCUUCCCAUUAGGUUGGCAAACAGUUUUAACAGCAGGUGUUAAGACAGGCCUCCCUAUAUAUAAACACUUCCAGGCUCAUUUGCUCUAGAGCCACUUGUGUUGCGCCUUUGUGUUGCUUGCUGACUCCUUGUAGCCACGGUUAUCAGGAUGGUGUGGAGCCUUCUUCGCCUUCUUGCCUUCCUUUUCUUCCCCUUGCCCACAGCACCCACCCAUCUGCCCAUUGGACCAUGGAUCUUGUCUUUGACAAACCACAAUGCCAAGGAGGUGGCAUCGCUCAGAGGCCCAGCAUCAUCAGCCAACCUGGAGCAGUCGAAUACUGUGUGUGACUCAGAGACAAGAUGCCCCCAAGGCUUCUUCUGUGACCAUCACUUUGGCCUCUGCCUAACCCUCAGGAAAGAAGGUGAAUACUGCCGUCGGAAUAACCACUGUGCCAAGGGACUCAGCUGUAUGUUUGGCAAAUGCCAGGAGACUAUACCAAAUGGGCAGGAAGGUGCCCACUGCCUGGAGGAUAAAGACUGUGCUCCCAGCGCCUGUUGUGCCCGCCUCCACGGAGAGAUGAUUUGCCAAAGGCGACUGCUUUUAAACGAAAGGUGCUACGUCCCCCAAGGAGGACUUGGGUUCAGCAUGAACCAGGUGUGCCCUUGCCAAAAAGGACUAGUAUGCAGAAAGAUGACACCACACCGAGAGGUGCCGUUUGAGUACUCGAUAGACAGAAGUGACUGGAGAUGCCAAAAGAAUUAAGAAGGAAGCACAGAGUGCUUGCAAUUUCUGUAUUUAUUUCAUGUAAAUAGCACUGUAAAUAGACCUGU